GUUGCCCUAUUGAGCAGGACUCCUAGUGGACGGUACAACCAGUGUAGCUGCUUAAUUUGUACAUGAAUAAAUGCUUACUUUUAUUAACGGCCUUACAUUAACACUUUUUUAUUGUGUUGUAAGGUGCUGCCUAUUACAGACAAAUUAUCCCUUUUGUGUGAACAGAGAUCACCAACAUCAGGAUAUGGGCAAAGCAAAUGAUGUAACCCGUACUGGUUUACACAUAAGUCCAGUAAACAUGUAGCAAUACUUCAUAACAAAUAAGGUUCGUCAGGGUCAUACCAGAAACACGACGCACGUUCAUUUUUAAAAAAAUACGUCCAAGGGAACUUCCCAUAUAGUCAAUAAGGAGUCUGUAUUUCACACUUUAAAUAAUCGCUUUCAGGGAAUGGUUAUCUUACCCGGUCCUUCAAAACAACGUCUACAUGUGAAUAAUAAAAGGCUAUCAUGAAAAAGCGACGCAAUUUUGAAAUUAAAAACGUAGCUGGAUUGUGUAAGUAUAUAAACUAUGAUAAAGAAAUCCAUCGCGACAUACGCGUGUGUUGUUCUAAGGGGGUAGACUUUCCUGAACAAUGAUGCUGUCUGUUUCACAGAUUGUAUCACUAAUUUAUUAUUCUCUAAACACCAAUGCUUUAUUGUUGAUCAUAUCAUUUAAUUUUGAGACGUAGCCAUUGCAUCGUGUGUGUCUCCUUUAUAGUUCGUACAGAGAAGCAACCGGACAUCGCUAUUAUAAACGUAUAGGCUACAGGAACAAUUUUAAAUCAAUUAAGCUCUUUAUAAAAGCUAUAGUUGCUGGUCAGUGUACAUUGAUUUAGUCCGAAGUGUAUAUCUAGAAAUAAAAAACGCGAUUUAUUCAACAAAAAAAAGAUCAUAGUUUUAUUGGUUGUUUCGGAACUUAUUCCUAAAUAAAUGUCCAAAUACCCAAACGCGUGGAAAUCGACAGCCAAGAUUUAAUACGGCUUCCGCUUUAAGCGUGAAUGUUUAUGUUUAUUACUGGUUUGCCUAGAGACAGAAGCAUUAAGAGUUAAGUAAUAGGCAUGGAAGCGCCCAGAGUGAAACUGGAAAAGGGGUAACGGGAAAGCGCGCUCGCGGGAAAUGCCACCACACACCUGUUUAUUUAGACAAUCUUGACUUGCUGCUUGAGAAGAGGUCUCGAAAACGGUUAGUACGGUAAUUCGAGGAUAUUACUAGACACAUAUAUAGGACUAUAAGGAUAACAGCUUGUGUUUGUGUCUGUGUGUGUGUGUGGGUAAAAUUAAGGAGUAACACAGAGUUGAAGAUAAUCCAUAAGAAACUGCGAGUGCAGGAAAUGUCACAAAAACACUGUCACAAAAACACUGCACAACACUAACGCUUGUUAUUAAUGUUAUUAUUAUGAUCUGAUUUAUACAAUACAAAAUCAAUAGUUUGGGCAGCUCAACUUGUUUCUUACAAAUGUCUCGGAGAGCAAACAUAACAAAUUUGUGUAAAUAUAAUUUAAAUUGUCAGUUACCAAUGGAAAAAUAAAUCCAAUAUUAGGAGAUAUUCACCCAGCCUUCCAUCUUCAAAAAGUUUAUCCAGUUUUUGAAAUUGGAUAUCUAUGGACGCCUUAACCGAAGCCGCCGCAGUUAAUGCAGCCACGCCUGGCAUGACGGCAUGGGGGAAUGAGGCCUGGCUUAACCUCACCGACGUGAACGGCACUAAUCUGACGGAGAGCUGCGAGGCACACAGUGCGGAUUUCCAGUACUUGAUGCUGCCGAUCGUCUACAGCAUCGUUUUCGUGCUCUCUAUGAUCGGCAAUCUCACCGCUCUGGCACAUUUCCUGCACUCGCAGUCCGCCACGCAGCCCUCGCAUGUUUUUCUGGUGAACCUGUGUGCCAUCGACCUCCUUUUCACACUCACACUGCCCUUAAAUGUGCUUUACCAUGUGGGUCACAACCACUGGCCCUUCGGAGAGGAGGCGUGCAAAGUGAACGGGGCGCUCUUCUUCGGGAACCUGUACGGCAGCUCCCUCUUCCUGAUGCUCAUCUCGCUGGACCGCUACCUCGCCGUCGUGCACCCGCUGCGUGCCCUCCGGCUGCGCCACCCUAAAUACCGGAUCCUGCUAUCUUGCGCGGUCUGGCUAGCUCUGAUCUCAGUCAUCCUCUACCUAACCCUACGGGUCCCUGCAACCCGGCCCUUCCCGUCUGGGCUCAUCGCCUGCAUGGAGAACUUCUCUUCGGACUCUUGGCACGGCCGCGUCUCCGCCGUCAUCCUGCUGGCGAGCGUGCUGAGCUUCUUCCUGCCCCUGUCAGUCAUCGCCACCUGCUACCCGCUCAUCGCCUGCAGGCUGCUGAGCCGCCAGGCCGAGGACAGCGAGGCGGGGGGCGGAGUCUCGGCGCAGCGCGGCUCGCGGAGGAUGCGCCGGCGGGCCCUGCGCAUGGUGCUCCUAGUCCUGGCCGUCUUCCUGCUCUGCUUCACCCCGUAUCACCUGAACCAGCUGCUGCACACGCUGGCCCGCAUGGACGUCCUGGCCGGCUGCCCAAUCCUCCGUUUCACCUACCCCAUGCGCCGCAUCACCAUGGCGCUCUGUAGCUUUAAUGCCUGCCUGGACCCGCUGGUGUACUGUCUGGCCUCCGAGAGCUUCCAGUGGAGACAGGCCUGGAGGUGCUGCAGAUGUGACCGAGUGAGCAAGAGACUGAGACGGACGCUGGGCCGUGGCUAGAGGUGGCUGGGAGGCCUGCUAGAAGAUGGCUUGCAGAAUGAACAUUAUGCUGGUCCAGUGGCUGCUCUACGCACCGGGUUUCCAAAAGACACAGCGUUCCUCUUAUGAAGAAGGAUGCUUCCAUCUGCAUGGACAAAGCAAGACUAACCCAAGAGCUUGUAGUUCAAUGAUGAUGAGAUCAAAAGGGUCUGUCUCAAACCGGGGACCAGAAAAUGAAAACAGAGCAGAGCCCCUACCGGUAAUAUGUGACAUUAUAAACAGAUUAAGAACUAUGGAUGAGGGGAGGGUCCCAUUUUGAAUAUUUCUCACUUUGGGGAUGGUCCCAGUAUGAGGCAGAAAAUAAUGUGGCUACGUUCUGAAGGAUAUUUAAAACUUUGUUUCGUUAAGAGAAAGAAAUAAGAGUGGAGGAGAAUACUGUGCUGAUUAUCUGGUGGCUGAUAACCAGGGGCGUCGCAGGGACAUGGAGAUCCAGGCGGAUUCGGGGGCCUGGCACUGUAUAGGGGCCCCAAAUGCAACUGUAACCCCCCCCCCCACCCCCAGCUAAGCAAAAUAUAUUGUGAGGUCCAAGAUGACAUUUUUCUAGGCAGCCCAGAAUUUCUAGCCGCACCCCGUGGAAGCAUGAAAGCAUCAACAACGAAUUUUGUCAAGUUCUGCAAAAUGUUCACGAAACAGGGGCAUGGAACCCAGGUUGGAGACCCCUAAUGUAAAUGAUGACUUAGUAAAUAACAUAUUUUUCAGUUACUGCCUGUUAAUACAGUGCUGUUGGUGAACUGAUAGGAUAGAAAUACAAUGACAGUUACACAAUGGUAACAAUCUUUGGGAAACCAAAGAUUUUGAAAGUUAGUCAGGUAUGACUUCCGUAUUACGGAUGGUUCCACCUUGAAUAUAUAUUUAAAUUUACAGUUACUUCAGGCACUCCUGGGUGCUGAACAUUAAUUUGUAAUUAGAAUGUAGUUUUGUUCUAAAUUAGGUUCAGAUGAGAGCUAAAAGUGUAAUAACAUGUAUAUGAUUACAAAAUUAUAGAUGAACUCAAAAGUUAAAUUUAGGAUUACAGCUCAUUUUCAGGAUUAAGCAGCCAAUGGAGUGCUGAAUUAAGUACCUCUUAUUUUCAUUCAUAUUGAACACGGUGGUGCAGUGGUCAGUGGUGCAGUGGUCAGUGGUGCAGUGGUCAGUGGUGCAGUGCUCAGUGGUGCAGUGCUCAGCACUGCUGCUUCACACCUCUAGGAUCAGGGUUUGAGCUUCUGCCUUGGCUCUGCAUGUGUGGACUUUGCCUGGUCUCCCCUCUGUGUCCUCCCGGGUCUCCAGAUGGGUGGUUGGAUGGAUGGUGCAAUGUGUGUCCCCCUUUCGGUUGGAGUCUGUGGAUGUCCCAGCAAUAAUCUUAUGCAUACAUGCAACUACUUCUGCAGCAGCCAGUAGGGUUCUGGUUAAAGACGAUGUUAGCUCAAGGGGAUCUCGUGUAGUACUUUUGCACAAGUAAUAUUUCUGACUCUAUAAAUAAAUAAAAAUCAUAUGCCUCUUUUGAUACAAGAAACUUAAUACUGUAUGAAGAUAUUUUGUUUACACGUUUAUAUUGGACUUACUAACCCAAAACCUGGCUUAGUAUUUGUUUUGUAUAUGUAUAAAAAACAGCAUCCAUUUCA